AUGCAUAACGGAGAUUCCAUAUCCUCUCUCCGAUCUAUGAUUGCAGGCACGCUCUUCGUAUUACCCCACCGCACGCAACCAGGAAAAUAUCUCGCUAUAGACUGCGAGAUGUUCGGAAUGGGUCAGAAUGGGUCUCGAUGGCACGAAAUCUGCCUUACGAGCGCCCUUAAUUGGCGCGUGGUCGACUAUCGGACCCAGUUCUCUGGUAUCCGCCCAGAUGAAAUAGUGCACGCGAAGCCCUUGAAAGAGGCGCAGAAGCAGGUGGCGGGUCUCUUGGAGUAUAGGAUACUUGUUGGGCAUACAGUGCAUAACGAUUCGAUGGUGCACCUCCUUUUAGCUCGUGAUUUCCUGUUGACUAUUCAUCACUUGGUAGGCGUUACUCAUCCCGCACCCACGCUCGUCAAGACGCGAUAUGGCAACUCUCACGCGUUCGCGCCGCGUUGCUCUGCGGCACUCCUGCGCCAGGAGUUAGGAGUGAUGAAACAGGAAGGGGAGCACUCUAACGUUAUUGAUGCAUGGGCCACCACGGCGGUAUAUCGGUUGCACCGGCGUGACUGGGAGAACGGUCAGAGUCAUAAGCCAUCUUCGGCCUCUCAGAGUAAAAACCGAAAGAGAGCUGAGGCCGAGAUCGAUUCGAGGAGGAAGAAAACGGAUGGGGGUGAAGAGGAUGAGGGUUCAAUUGCCGACGAUUCGGGAAUCUGGAAGCGUAGCAUCGAUAUUUAA